UUAGCCAAAUAUGUCCGUUUCCUCCUAAAAGAAGAAGGAGGAAGGGAGACAAAUACGAAGAAAGGCAAAACAAGUAGAUGUAUCCAUCUCUUCAAAGAAAGGCACCAGCGACGGGGGAACCCAGGAGUCCGAGCGCAGCCCUCCCUCCGCCCACCCCAUGCCGUUCCGCAAAGGUGGACGCGGCUCGCAAAAAGACCUUUGUUUUAAACAUGCCCAUGGAGCUGACGCAAAGCCGCAUCCAGAAGAUCUGGCUUCCCAAUGACAACCGCCCGGCACUGCCCCGCCGCUCCUGUGGGCCACAGCUUGCCAAUUCCCCCACUGUGAUAGUGAUGGUUGGCCUCCCAGCUCGUGGGAAGACUUACAUCUCCAAGAAGCUGACUCGCUACCUCAACUGGAUCGGUGUCCCAACAAAAGUUUUCAACGUUGGGGAGUAUCGCCGUGAGGCGGUGAAGCAUUACAGCUCCUAUGACUUCUUCCGUCCUGAUAAUGAGGAGGCCAUGAAAGUCAGGAGACAAUGUGCCCUGGCUGCCUUGAGGGAUGUCAAGCUCUACCUGACAGAGGAGGCUGGCCAGAUUGCGGUUUUUGAUGCCACCAACACCACACGUGAGAGGAGAGGGAUGAUCCUAAACUUUGCCAAAGAAAAUGGGUUCAAGGUGUUCUUCAUUGAGUCAGUCUGCAAUGAUCCCACUGUAGUUGCCACCAAUGUUAUGGAAGUAAAAUUGUCCAGCCCUGAUUACCGAGACUGUAAUUCGACUGAUGCCAUGGAGGACUUCAUGAAGAGGAUCAAUUGUUACCAGGCCAGCUACCAGCCACUCGACCCUGAUAACUAUGACCGGGAGCUUUCUCUCAUCAAAGUCAUCGAUGUUGGCCGGCGGUUCCUGGUCAACAGGGUUCAGGAUCACAUCCAGAGCAGGAUUGUUUACUACCUGAUGAACAUCCAUGUCCAGCCCCGCACCAUCUAUCUCUGUCGGCAUGGUGAGAGCGACUUCAACCUCAAGGGGAGGAUUGGAGGUGACUCGGGUCUCUCCAACAGGGGCAAGAAGUUUGCACUGGCACUGAACAAGUUUGUUGAGGAGCAGAACCUGAAGGACCUCAAAGUCUGGACCAGCCAACUGAAGAGAACAAUCCAAACUGCAGAAGCUCUCCAACUGCAGUAUGAGCAGUGGAAGGCACUCAAUGAAAUCGAUGCUGGGGUGUGUGAAGAAAUGACAUAUGAAGAAAUCAGGGAUCAGCAUCCAGAGGAGUUUGCAUUGCGUGACCAGGAUAAAUAUUACUACCGCUACCCCUCUGGGGAGUCCUACCAAGAUCUGGUGCAGCGCCUAGAGCCGGUCAUCAUGGAGCUGGAGAGACAAGAGAAUGUCCUUGUCAUCUGUCACCAGGCUGUCAUGCGCUGUCUGCUGGCAUACUUCCUGGACAAGAGUGCAGAUGAAAUGCCCUACUUGAAAUGUCCCCUUCACACAGUCUUGAAGCUGACCCCCGUGGCCUAUGGCUGCCGGGUGGAGUCCAUCUCGCUGAACAUCGAAGCUGUCAACACCCACAGGGAACGGCCAGAGGAAGCAAAGAAGGGACCUAACCCGCUCAUGAGACGUAAUAGCGUUACCCCUCUAGCAAGCCCAGAGCCCACCAAAAAACCUCGCAUCAACAGCUUUGAGGAGCAUGUGGCUGUUUCUUCUGCCCUGCCAGGCUGUGUUCCUCAGGAAGUGCCCACGCAGCUGCCGGGACAACCUUUACUAGGGAAGGCAUGUCUAACAUGAACAACUCGCAGAAGCCGUUGUGACUCCAUUGGCGCUGUCUUGAGGCCACCAGCGACGCCACCAGCUUCCCAUGUCCCAUCACCAUUUCUGAAGCUUGCUUAUAAACCGGUCUCCUCCACCUGCGGCGAGGCUGACCUUCAGCUGUUCCUACCUGCGCCCGUUCAUCUGCAAAACCACUCUGCUGAAGGGGGUGGGGAGGAGAUGCAGGAGAGCAGAGGAGAGGAGCUGAGCUCCUCGGGGUCACCACCAGAUCUUUAGGCUGCAGCAUUUGCUCUCCUCUCCCAGCACCCUGUUAGAUGGUAGCGAGCUGUAACGUGCUUCAAGCCCCCAGGAGCUUCAUUUUCCUCUGCAAGCGGUUUUGAUCUGUUGUAUAGAUGAUUGGUACCCACCCAUCUCCAGGUGGGGUGUAUAUAUGUGAAUGGUGCGGGGUUAGCAGAGA